GACUAUAUAUACAUAUAUAUGGUGUUCUGAAACCAUUGGGCCGUCACACAAAUUUCCGUAACAGCCGUGUCAAUCUUACGUUGAAACGAAUCUAAAGACAGAGAGAUACGAUGAAGUGUGUUUUGUACCUUUGGAUCUGAAAAUGGGUUCUGUUGAUUUCAUCGCGUUGACAUUAGCAACAAUAUUUCUCUUCAAAGCUUUCGAUUUCAGCUUCUUGCUCUCUUUUUUAUUCUUCAGUUGAUCUCCUUUUCACUCUUUUCUCUUCAAUUUCUCUUACCAUGAAGAAGAAGCUCGAUACCCGUUUCCCUGCUGCUCGGAUAAAGAAGAUUAUGCAAGCUGAUGAGGAUGUUGGAAAGAUAGCAUUAGCUGUGCCUGUUUUAGUUUCUAAAGCUCUAGAGCUAUUUCUGCAAGAUCUUUGUGAUCGUACUUAUGAAAUAACUCUUCAAAGAGGAGCGAAAACCAUGAACUCGUUGCAUUUAAAACAUUGUGUACAAAGCUAUAAUGUUUUUGACUUUCUGAAGGAUGUAGUCAGCAAGGUUCCUGACUACGGCCAUGGUCAUGGCCAUACUGAUGCUGGUGCUGAUGAUCAGACCAUUUCAAAAAGAAGGAAAGCUGCAGGUGACGAUGGUAAUGAAAGCGAUGAAGAAGCUAAGAGGGGCAAAAUGCUUGAGUUGAGCCACACUAGCCCUACUGGUAGGGGAAGAGGCCGAGGUAGAGGUAGAGGACGUGGUCGAGGUCGUGGACGAGCUAUACCAAGAGAGGGACAUCAUCAGGACGCUGAGUCUGAGCCUUGUCCUUCUGUUCAGCAAGUUAGCCAACAUAGUGUAGAUACAAAUGUGGCUAUACUUGAUGGCUCAGAGUCAAAUGAGUUACCAAAGCCGAGUGUUGUUAUUCUUCCUGUUGAUAACUCCGACUCACUCCUUAAUAUUGAUCUGAAUGCCAAUAUGAACGAAAAUGAUGACAAAAAGGCUAGUGCAGUUGCUAAUCUCACACCUACUAAUCCUGAAGCCGCUAAUCCCCCAUUGUCUGUACCUCCUCCAACAGACAUCAAGCAUCAUGAAGAAAUUCCGGGCUGGUCCCUUUCUGAGGUUGACAAGAUGGCCAUUGAUUCAAUGCAGCUUGCACAGCUUGGUACGCGAAUGGAUGAGGAUGAUGAAGAUUAUGACGAGGAAGGGUAACUUGUAGUCUUUGGGAGGAGGAGGUUAGAUUAGCUAAAAACUCAUUUUGAGUUUAGAACAGGUAUAUACUAGCUGUCUUAUGUUGACUGAAGAAAAAGGGUUCGGUUCAGAAUGUCCCUUUUGUUUAAUUCGGUUUAUCUAUGUUUUCUGAAGCUGUUGUAUCUUUCUUGUAACAAGAUAUGUUAACUUGUUGUACUUUUAGGCCUGUUGUGUAUAUCAAAAUCAUAUGUAGUGAUUUUAUGCAUCCAAACCUAGUGUUUUGGAACUGCAAGUAACUACAUUGCUACUCAUUCUAGUCUUGGUUGUAAUUUUAAUGCAUGGUUAUAUUAAUUUUGGAUA